AUGAUGCCACACAUUCUUCCGGUAGCAUUGUUUUUUGGCACAGGAAUAGUGUAUCUUCUGACCCGCCGUGUACAAAAGGCCAAGGGAAUAUGGGUGGAUGUCCCAGUUGUCGGCGGUAAAACAAUGCUAGCAUCGUGGAUAACAGCAUUCCGUUAUACCCGUCACGCGCGUGCAUUGGUGGAAGAAGGCUACAAGAAGCACAAAGACUAUGCCUUUCAGAUCCCGUCAUUGUCGGGCUGGCGAAUAUUCAUCUGUAAUCCUGCCAUGAUCAAAGAAUACCGAAACCUGGACUCGGAUCAAAUGUCUCUUAAUCCGAUCAUAGACGAUUUAUUUCAGACAAUGUACACCAUGCACGGUGGAGCCGACAGUAUCCACAAAAUACCGAUCCCAACCGUUACCAGAGGUCUAAACUGGCAACGAAAGAAAGCCGAGAUCAAGGAUGAUAACUACUUUGUGGAAUUUGUCAAUGAGGGCAAAUACGCAUUAACUACCAAGCUCCGUAUCGCAGACAAUUCCGGCUGGACUCCCAUCCCAUGCUUCGAUAUCUGCGCGGAAGUUGUUACACAUCUCACAGCCUGGACAGGUGGUGCCUACAAGCGGAUUUUUUAUUUCGAGCUUUCCAAACUUCCUGAAACCGUAGGUGAUCCAACCUACGGGAGUGACAUGGAAUAUCAUAGCGACUCUACUGAUCAUGAUGUCGAUAGUCUAGCGGCCCUGAUGUGCGCCGCUCCUAGAGUUUCAAGGCGUCUCGAACAUGAAGUGUCUGAAGUACUUACGCAGAAGCGAGUACUAGGCGUAAUGGAUGCGAAAGAUCUAGCAGGAUGGAUGAUGGAUUGGGUUGAUAACAAUGCCGCGUCACGGCUCAACGACCAAAGUAUCUGUUUGCAAAUUGUGUCUCUAAGCUUUGCAGCGAUACAUAGCAGUGCGCAGGUUCUGACGCAUUGUCUGUAUGAAAUUUCCCUUCGAAGCGAGUACGUUCUACCCCUCCGUGAAGAAAUCGAGAAGUGCCUGAGGAAGUCUGGAGGCUGGAACAAGGUGGCCAUUGAGUCGAUGCAAAAGCUCGAUAGCUUUAUCAAAGAAUGCCAGCGCUACAACACGAUGGAUUCUGGUACGAACCUUACAGAUCGGCCAGGAAAGCCUGCCAGCUAUAUGACGCAUAUACUUACCGCUUCGCCCGCAGGAUCUUUAGCCCGUCGAGUCAAAAAGGAUUUGAUUUUCUCUGGUGGAUUGGUCAUACCUUCCGGAAAUGACAUAUUUUCUCCUAAUACUCCGGCUCUCUUUGAUAAGAAUAUGUACUCCGAUCCCGACAGGUUCGAUGGCUUCCGUUUCUAUCGAAUGAGGAAACAAGUCGGGCAAAAUGAAAGCCACAAGUUGAUAUCGACCAGUCCAACAUACUUGAACUUUGGCGACGGGCGUCAUGUUUGCCCUGGGCGAUACAUGGCCGCGGAUAUGAUGCGUCUGGUCUUAGCCCAUAUAAUAAUGCACUAUGAUGUGGCCAUUAAAGAUCAUGGGCCACGACCGGCAAAUCGAACCUUCAAAACUUUUCUAUUGCCUGACAUGACAGCAGAGAUCAUGCUACGGCACCGGUGUAGUUGA